AGAUAUCGUCGAUAAGUACAGCGAACCCGACGACAAGAAACUAUCGAAGCGCCCAAAGCUCGAUCAUAUCCUCAGACUCAGACAUUAGGUUUACAAGGAAAAAGCUUACUGCCAGACACAAAUGCGGGUGUUGUAUAGUAGCUACAUUCAUUCUUCUGUUAUUACUAGCAGCCUUAGCAGUAUACCUAGGAUAUACGUUUUUUCUGCCGCAAAAAUUGGACGAGCAGAUAUUCAGAGCCACUUUCAGAGUGGCGGAAGGUGAUAGAUUUUCGUUAGAUUUAGCAAAUCCCAGUACAAGUAGUUUCAAGAAUAGGUCUAGAGAUUACAGGGAGAGGAUAAACUCACUGUUUAGAAGAAGUCCAGUCAGACACGGGUAUAUAGGAACUGAAGUAUUAGCUUAUGAUGGAACGGAAGGGAAAGACUUAAUAGUUCACUUCAACAUUCACAUAGACCCGACCUACGUCAACAUAAGAGCGAGAGACCUUGAAUCCAUCCUGGCCAAAGAAAUCUCCCUCAAACAAUCCCUGUUUUUCAACAACCUCACAAUUGAUCCAAAAAGUCUAGUCGUGAAGCCAAGUCACGUCUUACCUCAACCUGUCACUUCGACUGAAGUCGUGACGUCACCUGUCACCGAGGAACCAGAGCCGCCUAGGGCGUGUUCACCGUUAAAGUUUGAGUAUUGCCGCAGGAUGGGGUACAAUGCGACCACUUUCCCGAAUAUUUUCAAGCACAGGAGCAUCGAGGACGUUUUGGAGAAUUCUAUUCCUUUUCGAGAGUUGGUCGAUGCAGAAUGCUACCGACACGCGUACGAGUUCGUUUGUAGAGUUCUACAACCGAGUUGCAGAAAAGGUGAAAAUGAAGACGAAAUGCUGCUGCCUUGUAGAGGAUUUUGUAGAGAAUUCAUGACUGGCUGCGGUGGAAGAAUGAACGAAAAUAUUAAAGCGUUCUUAGAUUGUAGCAGAUUUCCGGACGGAGUGGACACUUUCAUUAACAAAAUUGGGUUAAAUCAAUCCGACGACCUAGUUGUUACUUUCCACGCUGUGUAGACGAACUUCAAUCUCGUGCAUUUUCACCGCGAAUAUGCGACGGGGUGAUCGACUGCCAAGAUCUGACUGACGAAAAUACUUGCACUUAUUGUCCGAUCAAUCACAUCCAUUGCGGAAUCGGAAGAGUUUGCAUUCCGAAAUCCAAGAGAUGCGACGGUAGGACCGACUGUCCAGAUGGGAGCGAUGAAAGAGGAUGCCUCAGCUUAGCAUCAAGUGUAGAGACUCUAAGGAAAUCAGAAGUGAUUACACCUCACGCAACAAAAUACAACUCCGAGGGUUUCGUUAUAUUUAACGAGAAAGGAGAGGUUGGCAAGCUUUGCACUGAGAAUAUCAACAGAAGUUUGCCCGCGAAUCAGACUAUUGGUGUGCUGCAUUCUGUGGCAUCGUCACUUUGCAAAACUCUGACAUAUCAGAAUGUCAUAUCGGUGAACGUGGAAACAGACAUCGAAAACAACAUUUCCUACGUAAAAAUGAAGAACCCUACAGCACCAGAAAUCAGUUUCGUCAGGUCGAAAUGCCCUAGCAAACAAGUUCUGAAAGUAGCUUGUUCAGAAUUAGAAUGCGGUAUUCAGAGCACGCACGGUCCCGAAGGCCUAAAGGUUCUGUCAAAGAUGGCGACUCACGGAGAUUGGCCUUGGCACUCGGCGCUUUUCAAGGAGGAGGUUCACAUUUGCGAUGGAACUCUCGUGGCGCCCGAUUGGGUGGCGACGACAAUUUCCUGUUUCCAAGGGCAACCAAAGGCAGAAUGGACGGCCAAGUUUGGGAUUACAAGGUUAUCCAGCUCUACCCCGUGGGAGCAAGAACGCCGCAUCAUAGGCAUGCUGAAAUCGCCGGUAGAGGGCAGCACUAUCGCGUUGGUCAAACUAGACGAACCGGUAGUACUGAACGACUUUGUCCGACCGAUUUGCCUGCCCGGCGAGAACGAGUCUAAUCGCGUCCAAUGCAACACUUUGGGAUGGGCCAGGAACAGGGAACAGUUGCAGAGGAUCCAGGUGAAAGUUGCGGAAAUGGAAAAGUGCGAGAACGUGAGCAUUUCCAGCGUGAACAGCAUUUGCACCGAGACGGCGCACGGACAGAAUGAUUGCAACGAGGAAGAAUUCGCCGGUAGCCCUAUGAUGUGCCAAAACAAAGAGGAGGAUAAGUGGACAUUGGUCGGCAUUACGAAUUGGAGGAUAGCCUGCUCCAAAAACGGACAAGAACGACCCAGGGUGUACGACAAGAUUUCCUCGAACAUCAACUGGAUCAGAGACAGUAUUUUGAAUGAUAAUAAGUGACUACGAAAUAUUUUUGUGCCAAGUUUUACUUAGUAACAGCCUACUGCAAAUUUUCUGAUAAUACAAAGUCUCUUUUUUGUUUUUCGUACACCUUAGGAGGUAGUAUAUUUUUUAUGAGUGGUACAUUGAAAACUAAGUAGUUAUGGAUUGCAACAAUGUCAUCAAAGCCAAGAUAUGUGUUUUUUUGUCAUUUUUAGAGGUAUUAUUACGGCGACCUUGGCAUUGGCCUUGGCUGAAAAAGAUCGUCACUGCAGAGGUAUUCAAGUUUUUAUUCAUCAAACCCAUAUAUGAAAUGCAAUUCCAGAACAAGAUGUACAUCUUUCUGUAAAAAUUUAUUCAUGUGUGUAUUUAUACUACAUAACAUGUACUCAGUUUUAUAACUUUACACUUUAAGUACCUUUUAUACUGUAUUUUAUUUGUAUUUUUAUAAUAUGUUAUACUGUAAAGUAUUUUGUAAAUAAACUUACAUAUUUCGAAUUUGUUAAAA